AUGGCGAGUUGGGGUUACAUUGCUCUCAUGUUAGGAGGUGAGGAUACUGAUCCACAGCUUGUUCUCUGCCUUGCCAUUUUCGUCAUUGGUUGCAUCAAAAGAUCUUCAAAGUACUCCGGCGAUGGCGCCGCCGUUGCCGCCGAAUCCGAGAGAUUUGGGAGGAAGCCGCUGCCGGCCAGCCAUUAUCGUCACAGGCACAGUAACUCGAUGGACGGCUCGAUGUCGUCGUUUGAGGCCGAUUCAUCGUUGAUGAUCGAUGGAGUUAAGAAGACCAUGGCUCCUGAUCGGCUCGCUCUCCUUGAUCCCAAGCGAGCUAAAAGAAUUCUUGCGAAUCGACAAUCUGCGGCACGUUCAAAGGAGCGAAAAAUACGAUAUACAAACGAGCUGGAGAGGAAAGUACAGACCCUUCAGACGGAAGCUACCACCCUCUCUGCACAGGUCACAAUGCUCCAGAGAGACACAACUGGAUUGACUACUGAGAACAAGGAACUCAAACUGCGGUUACAGGCGAUGGAACAACAAGCACAUCUUCGAGAUGCUUUGAAUGAAACACUGAGGGAAGAAGUACAACGGCUUAAGAUAGCAACGGGUCAAAUCCCAGCUGCCAAUAGAAACCCCUUCAACAGAGCUCUACCUCCACAAUUCUCUUCCCACCCACAGAUGUUUCAGCAAUUUGGUCAAUUGGUUUUAUAUAAACUCUCUUUCUUCGGUUGAAGCUGGGCAAAACCAAAACAAAAAGGACUCUUUAGACUUGCUCUCUCGACCCACAGAUCUGCCACUUUUGUCUUUGAUCAACCUACCGUCGCCGUCGUCGCCACAGACGGUGGCGGCUCGACCAACCUACACUCUCUCUACCCCUCUCUUUUUCUCUCUCUCUCUGGUCCCUUUUAUCUCCACUAGACCCACUCACUUCCUUUUCUUAUGAUAUGAGAAUAUUUUUAAUAUCUUUACUCACCUCACAUGGAUACACCCAUC